AUGGAAUCAAAUAUUGAAAUAGGCGAAAUAAAGAGCCAAAAGAAAACCCCUAAACCAUUUUCUAUAGAAUCAAUAAUUGGAGACAGAAAAUCUCCAGAAAUAGACAUAGAGAAUAACAUUUCAGAAAGUUCUAGAAAUUCAGAAGAAGAAGAGAACGAGAGAUUAGAAGGAUUAAAUCAGAUGAGAUAUUACGCGCCAUUUUUACAACAAAAUGGAUUUCCUUUUUUAUUGGGAUACCCUGAGCCGUGGUUAUCGAGGGUGUUGGGGUCGGUACCGGGACCUGUGAGAGAGAAUAGGGAGGAGGAGAAGAGGGAGAGUCCUGUUAGCGUUGGGAGUGAGGCAGAAAGCGAUGGUGGAGAGGAAACCAAUCCAGGUAACGACUCAGAACCAGACCAAGAAGAUUCUUCAGACGCCCCUCGCGAGAGUAAAGCUCGCAGAAGAAGAACCGCAUUCACAUCAGAACAACUUCUUGAGUUGGAGCGAGAGUUCCACGCCAAGAAGUACCUGAGUCUCACGGAAAGAUCACAAAUAGCGUCUGCUUUAAAGCUUAGUGAAGUGCAGGUAAAAAUUUGGUUCCAAAACCGUCGUGCGAAGUGGAAACGCGUGAAAGCUGGCCUUGCAUCGGGAAGCCACUCCAGCAAGAACAGCUCCGGUACCAAGAUUGUAGUUCCUAUACCCGUCCACGUAAACCGCUUCGCAAUACGAACUCAACAUCAUCAGAUGGAAAAACAGAAUCUUCAGUUCAGAUUAGAGAGACAACAACCACUACCGGGCAGUCUACUUCAAUCUCAGAGUUCAGCAUUCCUCAGCGCGUCCAAAAUCGAUCGAUUAGACACUAGAGAGGUGCUCAGUCCUCGUCACGGGGGCAGCCCUAUUUACGACGCGUCAAUGCCUCGUAUAGGUGCCAUGAGUUCUAAUAAUAUGAGACAUUAUCAGUCUAGGCCUAGUUAA